GACUGGGAGCACCAAAGCGCCUUAUUUCUAACCAAGGGCGGGAGUUUUGUAACAAGGAUGACGGAAGACAAGCCCCAGAGGAAGACGUCAGCCAGGAAUCCCCGUGAAGUCAGCCUCCUGCUGGGGGCGCGGCAGCAGCAGCAACCGAUGGCAAGUCUGGGGAAGCAGGCCACAUAUGAGAGUGCCUUGCUAGCGGCGGGGAGCACACUGGACCUGGUGGAUGCUGUGGCUGCCGGGAGACUUCAGAACAGCUUUGCUAUUGUGAGACCGCCCGGCCACCACGCCAUGGAGAGUGAGUUCUGCGGCUACUGCCUCGUCAACAACGUGGCGCUGGCUGCCCGACACGCCCUCAACACACACCGCCUCAGCCGCACCCUCGUAGUGGACUGGGAUGUGCACCACGGACAGGCCACACAGCAGGCCUGAGGGUGAGAUGGAGGUGUGGCCAGGCCUGUACGCACACCUCACCUCCCAGCUGAUGGCCCUGGUGUGGGGCAAGGUGGCGCUGGUGCUGGAGGUGUGGCCAGGCCUGUACACACACCUCACCUCCCAGCUGAUGGCCCUGGUGUGGGGCAAGGUGGCGCUGGUGCUGGAGGUGUGGCCAGGCCUGCACGCACACCUCACCUCCCAGCUGAUGGCCCUGGUGUGGGGCAAGGUGGUGCUGGUGCUGGAGGUGUGGCCAGGCCUGUACACACACCUCACCUCCCAGCUGAUGGCCCUGGCGUGGGGCAAGGUGGUGCUGGAGGUGACCAGUCUGACCUCACCCAAACAUUGUGGCAGGAACUGAGCACCACACAUCCACACACUGGGUGGGUGGUGCCUGCCGUCCUGGCCAAGAGUGCCGCCCACACCCUCAGUGCCUUGCUGGGCCACCACUGCCCCCCUGCUGGACCCCCCUGCAGCCAUCACCAAGGUGCCUGAUAGCUGUCUGUCUGUCUAUAUCUUUCUGUAUCAAUCUGUCCAUCUCUAUGCCUGUCUAUCUAUCUCUGCUUAUAUCUGUCUUUAUCUAUCUAUCUAUCUCAGUCUGUCUAUAUCCAUUUAUCUAUCUCUCUGUCUGCCUUAUCUCUGAUGCAGGAUUUAUUGAACUGUUUUGUUUUAAUAUUGUUUUUGUCCCUCUUUUUUAUUAUUAUUAUUCUCCUUAC